AAGCUGAUAAAUAAAUAAGCCUUUAAAAUACCCACCGUGUAUAUACUUUAAAAUCUGUUUUUCAAAAAAUUAAUAAAUAAGUUUAAAUUUUGUAAAAUUACUGUAAUUAGGAUUGGAAAAUUAUGGCAAAAAAUAAAAAAGGGCAAGACAAUUAUGAACGAAUUUGCUUUUUGUUUGAAGCAGCUUAUACUUUAAUGAUGGCUUGCCCAUCAAACAUAGGACUGAUUUGCAAUUAUGGUCAUAUGAUAAAAUUGUUAGCAAUGAGAACUCAAUCCAAGUUAGGACCUUAUAUCAAGAGACAAAUUUGUAAGAAGUGCCAUCUGAUAUUAAGGCCUGGCAUAACAUCAAAAGUACAAUUGAAAAGUUGCCCAAAGCGUACAGAAGUCACCUGUCUUUUCUGUGGAACAAAGAAAAGGUUUCAUAAUAAUCCAGAUUAUGUAUUAUUUUAUGAUAAAAUAAAACAAAGUUGUACUCUUUUGACAAAUGAUGGACGAAUUCUUAAUCGUUUUUCAUACAAUCCCAUACUCUUCACUGCCUGUACUGCUGGAAUGCGGAAGUCCGAGAAACAUUUCUAG